CUUCAUGAAACUGGAUGACGGGAUCAGGAUCCCGGAUGACCCCCCCACAGAGACCGCCGUGAGUCGUGAGGCAGAAAUUCAGAAGGUAGACAACGAGGAGGAGAAAGAGGACGAGGAGGAAGGAGACGAGGAUAAAGAGGACGAGGAGAAAGACCAGGCCGCAGUUACCAUCAGCAGAAGCAGCAGCAGGAGGAGGACCAUCCUGUCCAGGCUGAGGGCGCUGUUCUGCUGCUGCCGCGGCACCGAGGAAGAGUAAAGGUAAGGCCUUCAGCAGGAGGAGGAGAAGACUCCUUUACCAUCUGGGGUCGUCUGGAGAAGGAGGUGGCGCCAAUAACAUCUAGAGGUAAAUGUGGCGCCUUUACCAACUGGAGGAAACAUUUACCUCAUAUGGGGUAGGAGGAGACCCCUUUAACAUCAGUAAUUGGAGGAAAUGACUCUCUUAACACCUAGAUGAGUCUGGAGGUGGCGCCAAUAACAUCUAGAGGUAAAUGUGGUGCCUUUACCAACUGGAGGAAACAUUUACCUCAUAUGGGGUAGGAGGAGACCCCCUUUAACAUCAGUUAUUGGAGGACAAGACUCUCUUAACAUCUAGAGGAGUCUGGAGGAGGCGCCCUUAAAGGGGGUUACCCGCAGAACUGAGAAGGUAUUACCUUAACCCGCUCCCCAGUGGCUCACUACUGGUUUGGUUUCCUUCUGGUAUGAAGGGGAUAGGCUCAGAUGGUGGGACAGGUACUAUGUUACGAUCGCCACAUGCAGGCUAAACCAGUGGUGGCCAAUGUGCACACAGUGUUGCUGAUAUUGCUGCAACAUUGUAUGUACAUAACCACCAUGGAGGCCUGGUUUUGCCUGCAUUAGGUGAUCGUAACAUACUUCCUUCCCCACCAUCUCAGCCCGCCCCUUUAUUCCAGGUGAAAAGGUAUCAGGGUGAGACAAGACCAAACCUGAAGUGAGCACCAGGGAGUGGAGAAAGGUAUUGCCAUUAUAGCUCUCCAGAUAACCCCUUUAACAUUUAGAGGCAAAUGAGGCGCCAUUUCAAUCAGGAGGAUUCAUUUGCCCUGAUGAGGUAAGGAGGAGACCCCCUUUAUCAUCAGUAAUUGGAGGAAAAGACUCUCUUAACACUUAGAUGAGUCUGGAGGUGGUGCCAAUAACAUCUAGAGGCAAAUGAGGUGCCAUUCCAUCAGGAGGAUUCAUUUGCCUCAUAUGGGGUAAGGAGGAGACCCCCUUUACCAUCAGUAAUUGGAGGAAAAGACUCUCUUAACACCUAGAUGAGUGUGGAGGAAGCGCCCUUAAAGGGGUUACCUGCAGAACUGAAAAGGUAUUAACUCAACCCACUCCCCUGUGGCUCACUACUGGUUUGGUUUCUUCACAUCCUGAUACCUUCUGGUAUGAUGGGGACAGGCUGAGAUGG